CCGGACGGACCACUGACCCUAGUGCCUUGAUUGCCCUCGCUUCUCCCCCCCGCCGAUCCUUUAAACAUCCAAGUCAUCCCCGCUCCCUCAUACUGAAUGCCUCCCUUCUUUUCUUACACCACCCUCCCCUAUCAACUCACGGAGAGCCCCUACCCCAUGCGCAAUUUCCCCGAGUACCUGGUGGAGCUGGACGAUGUGGAGCCGCUGCUGCAAGCUGAGGCGGACGUGUGGGAAUUGCACCGCGCACUAUAUCGAUUGGUGGUGUGGGGCAUGUUCCGGUUGGUCGUGUCGUACGAUGAUCACAACAUCAUCGAGAACCUGCAGGUGUACUACGUCAUCUUGCGACCUAAGUCGGAUAAGAAGGAGGGCACGGUGGCAUUAUACCCGUUCGGGGAGAUUGGGACGAGCCGGUCGGGACUGCUGGAGCUCAUUCAUAUCCAGUUGUUGUUUAUCGUGCAAGUGAUCGCCAACGAAGAAGAGGAUCUCCAACUCCGCCUGCGAAUAGCAUCAACUCCGCGACGAUCUUACCACACGACGGUGAUAGCGGACUAUAUCGCGCGGAAGGGGGAAAAGGUGGUGAGCAUUGUCCAUCGGAAGUUGUUGCGGCCUCCCUCAUCCUACCCCAAGCCUGUAGCCCCGAGGGCCCUCAGGAAGACGCCCAAGAAGAGACGUCGCCAGCCAUCGCCAGAAGCGCAAGGAAGCCGAGUGGGACCCGAAGAACAGGUGGACCAGGCCGGGCGGGUGUGGAAGCCAGAUCCGGUUCCAGAGAGCAAGGCGACACCGAUCGAGGGACCUCUGCUGGGGGAAGGAGCGGAAACAAGCAGAUUUCAGAUACGAGGGAACCCGCCGGAGCUGACACCUUAUCCGCUGCUCCUUCCCGACCUCAAUCUUGAUGGAGCCGGCCCAUCAGCACCAGCAGGAGGAGGAGAAGUGGGAAGAGUACCAUAUCCCGCACACGGACCCGCCAUCCUCGCAGGUCCUUUCCACUUCCGCCAGCCACCCAGGCGUGGCCCGGUCAUUGACCUUAGCAGUUCCUCCGAGCCGGACGGUCCACCCGAUGAAUGUCGCGUUCAUGGUGGAGCCUGCAACCAUCAGGCUCGAAGCGAUCGAGGGGGGCCCGCGUCCUGAUCCUUCAUGGGAGCCACAUCUGGAGCCGCCAUUUGAA